UGACAAUUAAACCACAACUUGGUGCUGAAAUUGUCCAAGCAGACGCAGCAGCCAUGGCAGAAGGCAAGACCGGAGGUGCUGGGCUGUUUGCAAAGCGUGUCCAAAAGCAACUCAGCCGAGCUCAAGAGAAGGUUUUGCAGAAACUGGGGAAAACUGUUGAAACAAAAGAUGAACAGUUUGAACAAUAUGCAUACAACUUCCAACAGCAGCAGAUUGAAGGUCACAAACUCUACAAGGAGCUGAAGGUUUUCCUCAGUGCUGUCAAAGUGAUGCAUGAAACCUCCAAGAAGUUGUCUGAAACUCUACAAGAAAUUUACAGUGAGGAGUGGGAUGGAUAUGAAGACUUGAAAGCCAUAGUGCAGAGCAAUGACCUUUUAUGGGAAGACUAUGAAGAGAAGUUGGCCGACCAGGCCGUCAGGACCAUGGAGAAUUACUUGACUCAGUUCAGUGAAAUUAAGGAAAGAAUAGCUAAGAGGGGGCGGAAAGUUGUGGAUUACGAUAGCAGCAGGCAUCACUUGGAAGCCCUCCAGAAUGCCAAGAAGAAGGAUGAAGCUAAAACCGCAAAGGCUGAAGAGGAGUUCUACAAAGCUCAAGCUGUGUUUGAGGAACUCAACAAAGAGCUACGAGAGGAGCUGCCAGUCAUUUACAACAGCCGGAUUGCGUGCUAUGUAACAAUAUUCCAGAAUAUUUCCAAUCUGCGAGAUAUAUUCUACAAGGAAAUGAGCAAGCUGAACCAUGACCUGUACGAUGUGAUGAGUAAACUGGAAAAGCAACACUCUGAUAAAGUAUUCAUUAUUAAAGGGGUACCAAGUAACAGAGGCUCAUUGGUCAUCUCAUCUCCAGUAAGUCCAACCAGCCCUGUUUCCAUUCCUGUGGAGAACAGCAUUAGGGAGACAUUAACAUCUCCUACUGUCAAGACUCCAAACCAAAAGAGAGAAUCUGUUCAAGAUACAGAGGCAGUAGCAUUAAUGUCCAGUGGUGCCAGUGAAACAGAGGAGGACAUCUCUGCACCUUCAAUCUCGGAGUUGCAAAAUGAGGGAGCGGAAGUGGCUGGAUUGGGCACUUCUACAGGCAGUGGCUCCAAAGAUGACAGCCAAGUGAUGACACUGGAGACACCCAUCCAUGUUUCCCAAGGCACCCCCCAGGAUGUUGAAGAAGUUGCAAACAAUAUAGCUGGGAUGAUCUUAUCAACGGCAGUGUUUGUGGCAGCUGGUAAAGGGCAGAAUGUUUGCAGAGACUCAGAAGCACAGCCUCCUUUGGUUGAUGCCUUUGAAGCCAGGGAUAUCUAUGAGAAAGGUGAAGGUUCUCCACCCCAUCAGAAGGAUGGCAUUCCACAUCCAUUGAAGCAGGAAGAUGAGCCCCUCCAGAAUGUCUUGGAUGAAGCCCGGGUUGAUGAAUCAGACCCUCAAGGGGACAGUUUGAUAUCCCAUGAGAACUCAGUUUGUCCUGAAGGCGAUCUCCAAGAUUCUCCACCUCCAACCCAAGCUGAGAAGGUUGGAGGGGAAGCAUUCAACGCCACUAUUACUGCAUUGGUGGACAGCGCCAUUACUGAAGCUGAACGAGAAACAGGGCCCAUUCAAGACCAGCAACCAGGAAAAGGAGCAGCAAGUGAUCUGGAUGUUAAAACUGAUAAGGAUGUUGAAACCAAUGAAAACAGUGAUGGAAGCAUGGAAGAAAUAGAAGUUUCCCCUAAAGCUAUCAAUACUCAGAUUAUCUCUAGCUUCUUCUCAGAUGAUAAAAAAGAGGAUUAUGACAAACUGCCUCUGGGAUUCUUGUUCAAGGCUCAGGCAAUUCAAGCUUAUGCUUCAGAUGAUGAUAACCAUCUUCAGUUUGGAGAAGGGGAGACCAUACUAGUGCUCUCAGAUGCCCAGGCCGAGGAAAACGGAUUCCUGAUGGGAAUAAAGGAGAGUGACUGGAUGUCAAACCAGAAUAUGUUGCAAAAAGGCAUUUUUUCCCCCGGCACAAUCAAAUCUCUCUCCUCGGCAUAAUCUCAGAAGUUGAUGCAGAAGCAGAAGGAAGAGUUCAAUAGAUACUUCUCAACAGCUCAAUAACAAUACGUUCCAAAUACUGGUUUUCUAACGUUCCUUAUUAACACUCUUCUUCCUCACUCAUAUACCCUCUUGUAAAUACACAUGAUACUAUGUACAUUGCAGCAUUUCUGGUGUAUGUGCCUUUAAAUGUUUUGGAUGUUCCUUAUACUAGACAUCAACAACUAUCAGACCUUUAGCCAAAUUCAGAAUGUCUCUAGCACCAAUUUACUUUGAUAUCCCUGCAUUGCCAUCUAUAGAGCAAGGUUUCUAGUUUGCUUGAUAGUAUGCUGUCCUUGACAUAAUGCAGAGCUUUCCAAACUUUUCAUGUUGGUGACACGCUUCUUUGACAUGCACCCUUUCAUGAUAUGAUAAUUCCGUUUUACGAGCAAGACAGAGGUUUAACCAACUCCUUAUAAGACUUUUGGAAAUCUUUCCUUUACACUUCUUAUGUACUACAGUUGUUUCUUGUGCAAUUUCCUCUAUAGCCGACCCAUGUUGUUCAUUACAAACAUCAUUGUCAACAGAUUUUCUUUUCUUAAUUAGAAACGUAUCCAUUUUAAUGGUCAUGCCCACAACUCAACCAACAAAUUGUGCGUAUUAUAAAAGUUAUAACAGUACACUUGAAGAGCACCAACACUCCACAUCUGUAGUGAUAUUCAACCUCAUUAUACGAGGCUAAAAUCAGCGGCAUAUGCCAAUCUAGCCCCAGUCACCCAUGGAGCCAGACGGCUCCCGUCAGACAAAAUUGUGCUGGUUCCCUGCAAAAUGUGGACAUCACACUAAACUCCUGGAAUGAUUCCAUCAGCGCUGCCUCCGAAAACUCCUGAAAAUCUCUUGGGAAGACAGGCAAACAAAUGUCAGUGUGCUGGAAGAAGCAAAGACCACGAGCAAUGAAGCGAUGGUCCUCCGCCAUCAACUCCGCUGGACUAAAAACGUCCGAAUGCCCGAUCACCAUCUCCCAAAGCAGUUACCGUACUCUACUCCAAACUCAGAAAUGGGAAACAGAUUUCUGGUGGACAAGAAAAGAGAUUUAAAAAUGGGCUUAAAGCCAACCUCAAAAACUGUGGCAUAGAGACUGAGAACUGGGAAGCCCUGGCCCUUGAGUGCUCUAACUGGAGGUCAGCUGUGUCCAGCAGUGCUGCAGAAUUUAAAGAGGCACGAAUAGAGGGCGAAAGGGAGGAUUGUUCCAAGAGGAAAGCGCAUCAAGCCAACCCUGACCGGAACCACCUUCCAUCUAGAAACCGAUAUCCUCACUGCGGGAGAACACGCGGAUCAAGAAUAGGGCUCCACAGCCACCUAUGGACCCACUGCCAAGACACCACAUCUUGAGGACUAUCAUCCUCGAGCCUAAGUAAGUAAAGUUCCAUGGGUGAAGGAGGGUGUAACCGGCCACCGCAGCAACACAGAGGCUUCCCAUGUUGCCAUUAAAUCUGGGGGGGGGGGGAAGCCGCACGCUCCACGUGUGCUAACUCUCCCCCAUGUGAUUGCUCUCCCAUUGAUCCAGACAAUGCAAGGUGUGGGGCACAGGAUUCCCCACACCUCAAGGCAAAGCAGAACUCCACCGCCUCCUGCCACGGGCUGUCUGAUGAAUAGUAAAUCUCCCUGGAGGUUUCAUCCUCCAGGGGCUGCCAACAUCCUCCAUCCAGC